CUCUACGCUUAAAGUGAGCGCGGUGCACGCCUGAGUGUGUCGAGUGCCUGUGCGAGCGCGCGUGUGUGUGUGUGCAGCCAGUGUGCAGCGAGUGUGUCAACUCGACUCCCGAGGCUUGUGAGCGCAGCGUAGUAGUAGUAGGUGGUGAGUGCAGGGAGCUGGCACAUGCUGGUGCUGUGAGAUAGCUGUGAUCUGACAAAUAGAGAGAGAGAGUGUGUGAGACAAAGAGUAAAGAAAGAAAAGAAAGUGAGAGAAAGAGAGACAGAUUGAUAGAGUGACAUAAAGACAGACAGACAGUUGUCACAGCUUCACCAGCCACCACAAUGGACGACUAUGCCCUCUCCUUCUGGAUUUACAUGGGUGUGAUGGCGGUGUUCGUCGCCGGGACACUCAAAAGGUUCCUGGCAGCCCAUGUGAGUGCCAUGCCCUCUUUGCUGGCAUGGCUUGGUGCCACGCUGCUGGUGGAGAGGCUGUGUGCCCUCUGCAUGCCCGCUGUGCUGGCACUGGCUGCCCUCUGUGCCGCCUGCUGGCUUUAUGCUGCCUGGGCUGCCCCGGCGCCAACUCUGCCCGUGGAAGGCAAGGCGGUCUUCAUCACAGGGUGUGACACAGGGUUCGGGCAUGCCACAGCGAAGCGCCUGGACGCUCUGGGGUUCGAGGUGUUCGCUACAGUGCUGAAUCUGGAAGGGCAGGGGGCCAAACACCUGAGAAGCAGCUGCUCUCCACGCCUUACCCUCAUACAGGUGGACAUCACCCAGCCACAGCAGGUCCAGCAGGCCCUGAUCACCACCACCAGCAAACUGGGCAUGAAAGGCCUGUGGGCUGUGGUGAACAAUGCAGGAGUGUGUGUAAACUUUGGAGAUGCUGAACUGUCCCUCAUGUCCAACUACAGAGGUUGCAUGGAGGUGAAUUUCUUCGGGACGCUUUCGGUCACCAAGGCCUUCCUUCCUCUGCUGAGACAGAACAAAGGCCGAAUACUGAACAUCUCCAGCCCCUCAGGUGAUCAGCCCUUCCCGUGUCUGGCUUCCUAUGGAGCUUCAAAGGCAGCACUGAACCUUUUCACCAACACACUCCGCCAUGAACUGGAGCCUUGGGGGGUCAAAGUGUGCACCAUCUUACCCUCAGCCUUUAAAACAGGUCAGAGCAGUAACACAGAGUACUGGGAGAAACAGUACGAGCACCUGCUGCAGAACCUCCCCCCCAGCCUCCUAGAGGAGUACGGCGAGGAGUACUUGAUGGAGACCAAGGAGCUCUUCCAGAGCCACGCCAAAACGGCCUGCGAGGACCUGAGCCCGGUGGUCAACACCAUCGUAGAGGCCUUGCUCGCGAUGCACCCUCAGGCCCGCUACUACGCCGGGCCAGGCGUGGGGCUCAUGUACUUCAUCCACAGCUUCUUCCCCUCGAGUCUCAGCGAAUCUUUCCUCAAGAAACUCUUCGUGAAGAAGACCGUCAUACCUCGCGCUCUCAGGAAACAGAACGGCAUGACCCUCCUCAACCACAACAACAACGACAUCAGCAGCAACAACAACAACAUCACCACCAUCACCACCAAGCACCCGGAGUAGCUUAGACUCGUCUCGAUUCGAUUCAAUAGCUAUAGCUCACUGUACAUACAUAGAGAUGCUAUAGGACCACUGAUGUAAUCCACUCAUAGUGAUCUGAUGCCAACGUGUGUAUUUUUAUUUGAUCUUUUACUGUGUUGUCUUGCCGUUUUAUAUAAAAUCGUAUUUCUUUUCGAAGGGAUUAUUGGAUUCACGUUGAUGGUUUGCAUACUAUUCGCCGAUACCGAUAAUCGGAAGUUCCAUCAGAUCAGAGACACAAACGCGAACCUGUACAGAUUGUAUACCUUCCAGAGAACUCUCUUUCUCGAUGUGCCUUGGUCACAAACACUCCCUAAAGAUCACAGACUCUUGAUGCUUUGGCGGUGAAGACCAAUGGGAAGACCGACCGCAGUGUCUUACCAGUCAGCAACUGUGUGUGUUCCCCGAUCUGAGCCACAUCCACGAAGCUCACCAUUCCCUGCCUACUGCCAGCGAGUGUGAAAUCCACUCAGAAACGCCCAAAAGAGAGACAGAGAGAGAGAGAGAGAGACAAGUCUAAGUUGACUCAGCUGCCAGGAUCCAGCUCCUCAUGGCACAGCGUCCGAGCGAGUUGGCAAGCAGACUGCGAUAAGUACUACCUUAUUAACUCGGCUUCACUCGCCUCGCUCUCUUUGUCUCGCUGUUUCCAACAGACUCGCGACAUCCUCGCACUCGAAAUCUGCUUCUCUCUGCAUGAGAACUCUCAUGUGUACAGUCAGGUGAAACUCUCCUCUAAACUCUAUCCGGCUACAAGUUAGCCAGCUACAAGCAAUAUGUGCCCCCUCACUCGUAAACGUCCACAUUCGUAAAGAGACCAGUAGUUUGAUUUUGGAGUCAAGAAGACCCUAGAAGUCACUCGUAGUGUUUUUGUUUUUUGUAUUUGUAUUUCCUUAUAUAUAUAUUUGCUGUUCAUAUUUUUCGGUUUGUUUUCCAUACCACCAACACCUUUGUUAUUGUUAUGGUAAAUUGGAGUAUUUAUUCCAGUUUCUUUUAUGAAUCACUUAAACUGUGAAUUGUUUUGUAAAAAAAAGAGUGUUAAAAAAAAAUCACAAAAAAAAAAUGAAAAUUGUUCACUUGUUCAUUCUUAGAUUGUAUUAAAGCUGAAUUUUUAAAUAAUUGA